UCUUUCUUUAUAAGAGCUUGGCUUGACUUUUAUAACAUUUGGUAUACUUUCAUUUUCAUGUUUGUUCAAGUUUGAUUCUACACUCCCACCAUAUCAACCAUAAUCAUACUAAACUUUUUUCAUCAAAUAAUGGCUGCAACAACACGUUCCGGUGCAUCCAUCUACGAUGUGUUCCUAAACUUCAGAGGGGGAGACACACGCUAUGGUUUCACUGGCAAUCUGUACAGGGCUCUUUGUGACAAGGGAAUUCAUUCCUUCUUUGACGAAAAGAAGCUUCACAGAGGAGAGGAAAUAACACCUGCACUUUUGAAGGCAAUUCAAGAGUCCAGGAUUGCUAUUACUGUGCUUUCUAAAAACUAUGCUUCUUCCUCAUUUUGUUUAGAUGAACUUGUAACCAUCCUUCACUGCAAGAGUGAAGGGCUGUUGGUUAUACCGGUCUUUUACAACGUAGAUCCUUCUGAUGUCAGACACCAGAAAGGUAGUUAUGGGGUAGAAAUGGCUAAGCAUCAGAAGAGGUUCAAAGCUAAGAAGGAGAAGCUGCAGAAAUGGAGGAUCGCUUUGAAACAAGUAGCUGACUUGUGUGGAUAUCAUUUCAAAGAUGGAGAUGCAUAUGAAUACAAGUUUAUCCAGAGUAUUGUUGAGCAGGUUUCUAGGGAGAUUAAUCGUGCUCCUUUACAUGUUGCGGAUUAUCCAGUUGGUCUAGGGUCACAAGUGAUAGAGGUAAGGAAGCUUUUGGAUGUUGGAUCCCAUGAUGUUGUCCACAUCAUAGGGAUCCAUGGAAUGGGCGGGUUAGGAAAAACAACACUUGCUCUGGCAGUUUAUAAUUUGAUUGCUCUCCGUUUUGAUGAAUCCUGUUUUCUUCAAAAUGUGAGAGAAGAAUCAAAUAAACAUGGGUUAAAACACCUUCAAAGCAUCCUUCUUUCAAAAUUACUUGGGGAGAAGGACAUCACCUUAACAAGUUGGCAAGAAGGAGCUUCAAUGAUACAACAUAGGCUCCAACGAAAGAAGGUUCUCUUGAUUUUAGACGAUGUUGAUAAGCGCGAGCAAUUAAAGGCUAUUGUUGGAAGACCUGAUUGGUUUGGUCCCGGUAGCAGAGUCAUCAUUACCACUCGGGACAAACAUCUGCUAAAAUAUCAUGAGGUUGAAAGAACCUAUGAGGUGAAGGUUUUAAAUCAGAGUGCUGCUCUUCAAUUGCUUAAGUGGAAUGCUUUUAAAAAAGAAAAAAUUGAUCCAAGUUAUGAGGACGUCUUGAAUCGUGUAGUAACUUAUGCUUCUGGCCUUCCAUUGGCUUUGGAAGUCAUAGGUUCCAACUUGUUUGGAAAGACUGUAGCAGAAUGGGAAUCUGCUAUGGAACAUUAUAAAAGAAUUCCCAGUGAUGAAAUCCUAGAGAUUCUAAAAGUAAGCUUUGAUGCUUUGGGGGAAGAACAAAAGAAUGUUUUUCUUGACAUUGCUUGUUGCUUCAGAGGGUAUAAAUGGACAGAGGUUGAUGAUAUACUCCGUGCUCUUUAUGGUAACUGCAAGAAGCAUCAUAUUGGGGUGUUGGUUGAAAAAUCUCUGAUAAAGCUUAACUGUUAUGGUACUGAUACUGUUGAAAUGCACGACUUGAUUCAGGACAUGGGUAGAGAAAUUGAGCGGCAGAGAUCACCAGAAGAGCCAGGGAAGUGCAAGAGAUUAUGGUUACCAAAAGAUAUAAUUCAAGUUUUUAAAGACAACACCGGAACUAGUAAAAUUGAAAUCAUAUGCCUGGAUUCCUCCAUAUCUGACAAAGAAGAAACAGUGGAAUGGAAUGAAAACGCCUUCAUGAAGAUGGAAAACCUUAAAAUACUUAUUAUUAGAAAUGACAAAUUUUCCAAAGGUCCCAAUUAUUUUCCAGAAGGUUUGAGAGUACUGGAAUGGCACAGAUAUCCUUCAAAUUGUUUACCAUCUAACUUUCAUCCGAACAAUCUUGUUAUAUGCAAGUUACCUGACAGUUGUAUGACGUCGUUUGAGUUCCAUGGCCCAUCGAAGAAGUUCGGGCAUCUAACAGUUUUGAAGUUUGACAACUGCAAAUUUUUAACACAGAUACCUGAUGUAUCUGAUCUCCCAAAUUUGAGGGAGCUUUCAUUUGAAGAGUGUGAGAGUUUAGUUGCAGUUGAUGACUCAAUUGGUUUUCUGAAUAAACUUAAAAAAUUGAGUGCGUAUGGUUGCAGCAAGCUUAAGAGUUUUCCGCCUCUCAACUUGACCUCUCUUCAAACACUUCAACUUUCUCAAUGUUCCAGUCUUGAAUAUUUUCCAGAAAUAAUAGGAGAGAUGGAAAACAUAAAGCAUCUUUUUUUGUAUGGCCUUCCCAUAAAAGAAUUGUCAUUUUCAUUUCAAAAUCUUAUUGGACUCCGUUGGUUAACCCUGAGGAGCUGUGGAAUUGUUAAGUUACCUUGUAGCUUAGCGAUGAUGCCCGAACUGUUUGAAUUCCAUAUGGAAUAUUGCAACAGGUGGCAAUGGGUAGAAUCGGAAGAAGGUGAAAAAAAAGUGGGCUCAAUACCAUCUUCAAAGGCACAUCGGUUUUCGGCCAAGGAUUGCAAUCUAUGUGAUGAUUUUUUUUUAACAGGUUUCAAGACCUUUGCUCGUGUAGGACAUUUAAAUCUGUCGGGGAAUAAUUUCACAAUCCUUCCUGAAUUCUUCAAAGAAUUGCAAUUAUUAAGAUCACUUAUGGUGAGUGAUUGCGAGCAUCUUCAGGAAAUUAGAGGUCUUCCACCAAACUUAGAGUAUUUCGAUGCAAGAAACUGUGCAUCCUUGACUUCCUCGAGUAAAAACAUGCUUUUAAAUCAGAAACUGCAUGAGGCUGGAGGAACCAAUUUUAUGUUUACAGGAACAAGUAUACCAGAGUGGUUCGAUCAGCAAAGCAGUGGACCUUCAAGUUCUUUCUGGUUUCGUAAUAAAUUCCCUGCCAAACUUCUUUGUCUUCUUAUUGCACCUGUGUCUACUGGGAUUGUUGUCCUUAAUCCAAAGGUGUUCAUCAAUGGCAAAUUUCAAGAAAUUCGGCCCUAUUUUGGAAGACACGAGAUAAAAAGUAGGUUGAACUUGGAUCAUACAUAUAUCUUUGAUCUCCAAGCGUCUGCUUUCAUAAAUAAUAAUCGGUUUGAAGAAAUGGCUAGGGAAAAGGAAUGGAACCAUGUGGAGGUUAGAUAUCAAAGUGUGUUAGCCUAUGAAAAAGAAAAGAGAGAAGAAGGUGUCUUAGACUUAGAGAGCUCAAUCAUUAAGGCAAGUGGAAUCCAUAUAUUCAAAGAAAGCAGUAUGGAGGAAGAUAUUCGAUUUGAUGAUCCUUAUCUCAGCAGUUCUGCAUCAGAAAGCCCAUCGUUGCUACAAACCAUAGCCUUUGGGACACGUUCCAUAGCUUUUUUCUUAUUUUUUUCAUGUUUUUUAUUUUAUUAUUUUUGUUUCAGUUGUCAAAAAUUCACUUAACCCAACUGACCGGUGUUUACCCUAUCUUCAUCAUGUACUUUUGACUCAUUUAUAUUCAUCUUUCACGACUUUAUGCAUUUUCUAUA